AUGUCAGAGAAAAAAUUUGAAAAAUCAGAAGCCAUACCAGAGAAAGCAUUUAUUGAAUAUUCGGAACACCUAGAGAAGUAUCUCGAGGAAAACAAAAUAAAAAUUUUUGAUUACUCGAAAUAUAACAAUCUUAAAUACAUUGGAAAGGGGGGAUUUGCGGUUGUGUACUCGGCAACUUUCGAAGGAAAAGAGUAUGCAUUAAAAAGUAUAAACAAUAACUUGGGUUUGAGUGAUAAAGAGUUCAAACUAUUCAAACGUGAG